UUGAGUGACACAGAUGGCGUCAUCACUAUCCCCACCGAUCUCUACCAUGUUCACUACCCGGUGAACGGCUCUAGCUAUUGCUACUGUCCUUCGCUAAACGUACACACCAAUGUCAUCCUAAAUAUGCCAUAUCUCUGAAUCAUCUCUGCUGCACGGAGGCCUAGGACUCAUGCCGGGCGCUACAGGCAGGAAACAUGCAGCAGAAGCGCAACAUUCAGAUCAUAGAAUGGGAGGACUUGGACAAACGCAAGUUCUACUCAUUUGGGGUCUUCAUGACCAUGGCCAUCCGCGCCACGGUCUACCCGGCCACGCUGAUCCGCACCAGGCUGCAGGUUCAGAAGGGGAAAUCUCUCUACACUGGGACCUACGAUGCCUUCUGUAAGAUUUUGAGAGCUGAGGGUCUGAGAGGACUUUACAGGGGCUUUAUGGUGACCACGUUCACACUCAUAUCAGGGCAGGCGUACAUAACCACUUACGAACUGGUAAGAAAAUAUGUCUCCAACUAUUCUAAAGACAAUACGCUGAAGUCACUGGUGGCGGGAGGUUCGGCAUCACUGGUGGCCCAGAGCAUUACUGUUCCGAUAGAUGUCAUAUCGCAGCAGCUCAUGAUGCAGGGCCAAGGGGAGCAUCUGACCCGCUUUAAAGUGAAACCGAAAAUGGGAGCAAAAAACUCUGUUUUUUUCGGCCAGACGAGAGACAUUAUUGGGCAGAUAUUUGCUGUGGAUGGCAUUCGUGGCUUCUAUCGAGGAUAUGUGGCAUCUCUACUCACAUACAUCCCCAACAGUGCCGUUUGGUGGCCGUUUUACCACUUCUAUGCAGAACAGUUGUCUAAGAUGGCUCCCAGCAACUGCCCGCAUCUAGUGCUACAGGCAAUGGCUGGACCUCUUGCAGCUGCCACUGCUUCCACUGUCACCAACCCCAUGGAUGUCAUCAGGGCCCGGGUUCAGGUGGAGGGCAGGACGUCAGUCAUUGAGACCUUUAACCAGCUGAUCAGAGAGGAAGGAUUCUGGGGGAUGACCAAAGGCCUCUCUGCUCGCAUCAUAUCCUCAGCACCCACAGCAAUAGUUAUGGUGGUUGGUUAUGAAACUCUCAAAAAGCUCAGCUUGCGGCCAGAGCUGGUUGACUCUCGACACUGGUAGAACAACAAGAAAAACUUUACAGUGUCUGUCAUCUCCCCUAUGACUUGUUCACUCCACUUAUUUUCCAUUUUUGCCUUUUAAAUCUCCUGCCUUGUGAUGCUUCAGUGUGACAGUGCUGAUUGCUUUUGGGUGAUUCUGAAAUUAUUUUUUUAGAUGGUAACACUGCAGCUUUUGUGCUCUAUGUUGCUGUCUUUCAAUGGGGGAAAAUGCUGCUCAGGUUUGUAAUUGGUGUAAGAGGCACAAAAGUUUUUCUUGAAUGAAUUUUUAACAGGUAUGUGAUCUAACAGAUUGAAUGUUUUAGAAAAAAAGGAUUUUGUGACUUUAAUUUAUUGUUCGUUGUAUAAGUAGUGUUUUAAAUGUCUAGAUUCAUUGAUUUUUCUCUAGGAUAUAAACAGUCUUUCUUUUAAUACAUUUCAUUUGGAAAACUCACUUUAUACAACUGUCCCCACAAUGGCAUUUUAUCAAUAGUAGAAGAGUUUUUAUUGUACUUUAUUAAGUUAAUAUUACUAGGUUUUAUCAUGUGCACCAUGUGAAUGUGUUUUUUGUUGUUUUUGUGGGGUGUUGGGAUGUUUCAAGUUGCCAAAGCUGAAUGGAUAUUCAAGGAAAAUCUGUUGCUGACAAUGAAUAAUGAAAACUC